CUCCGCCCUUUGCCGAGCCGCCCCCUCCGCGGCUGCAGGAGAGCUCUGCGGCCGCCGCCGCCGCCUUGGUCGCCACUUCCCACCUCCUCCCGGCGUGCGGGGGCAGCGCCCGGUGGUUGCACUACCGGUGGUGGGCUGUUGAGUGCGAGCUGCGGCGGCUGAACGCUCCGUGCAGCAUAGCCGGGUCUCCCGCCGGCGCAGCUCGGUGACAGGUGCACGGUUCCGGGUGGAGACCCACCUGCAGCGGCCGCCGAGAUGCCGACUAUGCGGAGGACAGUGUCGGAGAUCCGCUCUCGAGCGGAGGGUUAUGAGAAGACUGAUGAUGUUUCAGAGAAGACUUCGCUGGCUGAUCAGGAGGAAGUACGAACUAUAUUUAUCAACCAGCCACAGCUGACAAAAUUCUGCAAUAACCAUGUCAGCACUGCGAAGUACAACAUAAUUACAUUCCUCCCAAGAUUUCUCUAUUCUCAAUUCAGAAGAGCUGCUAAUUCAUUUUUCCUUUUUAUUGCACUGCUUCAGCAAAUACCUGAUGUAUCACCAACAGGCCGCUACACAACACUGGUUCCUCUCUUGUUUAUUUUAGCUGUGGCAGCCAUCAAAGAGAUAAUAGAAGAUAUUAAACGACAUAAAGCUGACAAUGCUGUGAACAAGAAACAGACACAAGUUUUGAGAAAUGGUGCUUGGGAAAUUGUGCACUGGGAAAAGGUAAAUGUUGGAGAUAUAGUUAUAAUAAAAGGCAAAGAGUUUAUACCUGCUGACACUGUACUUCUCUCAUCAAGUGAGCCUCAGGCCAUGUGCUACAUUGAAACGUCCAACUUAGAUGGUGAAACAAACUUGAAAAUCAGACAGGGUUUGCCAGCAACAUCAGACAUAAAAGAUAUAGAGAACUUGAUGCAAAUCUCUGGCAGAAUCGAGUGUGAAAGUCCAAACAGACAUCUUUACGAUUUUGUUGGGAACAUAAGGCUUAAUGGAAAUAGCACUGUUCCCCUGGGAGCAGAUCAGAUUCUUCUUCGAGGCGCUCAGUUGCGAAAUACACAGUGGGUUCAUGGAAUAGUUGUCUACACUGGACAUGACACCAAGCUGAUGCAGAAUUCAACAAGUCCACCACUUAAACUCUCAAAUGUGGAACGGAUAACAAAUGUACAAAUAUUGAUUUUAUUUUGUAUCUUAAUUGCCAUGUCUCUUGUCUGUUCUGUGGGCUCCGCCAUUUGGAAUAGAAGGCAUUCUGGAAAGGACUGGUAUCUCAAUUUAAACUAUGGUGGCGCUAAUAAUUUUGGACUGAAUUUCUUGACCUUCAUCAUCCUUUUCAACAAUCUGAUUCCUAUCAGCUUGCUGGUUACAUUAGAAGUGGUAAAAUUUACCCAGGCAUACUUCAUAAAUUGGGAUCUUGACAUGCACUAUGAACCCACAGACACUGCUGCUAUGGCUCGAACAUCUAAUCUAAAUGAGGAGCUUGGCCAGGUAAAAUACAUAUUUUCUGACAAGACUGGUACCCUGACUUGCAAUGUGAUGCAGUUUAAGAAGUGCACCAUAGCUGGAGUUGCUUAUGGUCAUGUCCCUGAACCCGAGGAUUAUGGCUGCUCUCCUGAUGAAUGGCAAAGCUCACAGUUGGGAGAUGAAAAAACAUUUAGUGAUUCAUCACUGCUGGAAAACCUCCAAAAUAAUCAUCCAACUGCACCUAUAAUAUGUGAAUUCCUUACAAUGAUGGCAGUUUGUCACACAGCGGUGCCGGAGCGAGAAGGUGAUAAAAUUAUUUAUCAAGCAGCAUCUCCAGAUGAGGGUGCCUUGGUCAGAGCAGCCAAGCAACUGAAUUUUGUUUUCACUGGAAGAACACCUGACUCGGUGAUCAUUGAUUCACUGGGACAGGAAGAACGAUAUGAAUUGCUCAAUGUCCUGGAGUUCACCAGUGCUAGAAAAAGAAUGUCUGUCAUCGUUCGCACUCCAUCCGGGAAGCUACGACUUUACUGCAAAGGAGCUGACACUGUGAUUUAUGAUCGACUGGCAGAGACUUCAAAAUAUAAAGAAAUUACCCUAAAACACUUAGAGCAGUUUGCUACAGAAGGGCUAAGGACUUUGUGUUUUGCUGUGGCUGAGAUCUCAGAGAGUGACUUCCAGGAGUGGCGGGUGGUCUACGAGCGUGCUUCCACAGCUAUACAGAACAGGCUGCUCAAGCUGGAGGAGAGCUAUGAGCUGAUUGAAAAGAAUCUGCAACUACUGGGAGCUACAGCCAUUGAGGAUCGAUUACAAGAUCAAGUGCCUGAAACUAUAGAAACGCUGAUGAAAGCAGACAUUAAAAUCUGGAUCCUUACAGGGGACAAACAAGAAACAGCCAUCAACAUUGGACACUCCUGCAAGCUUUUGAGGAAGAACAUGGGCAUGAUUGUUAUAAAUGAAGGCUCUCUUGAUGGAACAAGGGAAACUCUUAGUCGUCAUUGCACUACCCUUGGUGAUGCUCUUCGGAAAGAGAAUGAUUUUGCUCUUAUAAUUGAUGGAAAAACCCUCAAGUAUGCCUUAACAUUUGGAGUAAGGCAGUACUUCCUGGACUUAGCUUUGUCGUGCAAAGCUGUAAUUUGCUGCAGGGUUUCUCCUCUUCAAAAAUCUGAAGUCGUUGAGAUGGUUAAGAAACAAGUCAAAGUCAUAACACUUGCUAUUGGUGAUGGAGCAAACGAUGUUAGCAUGAUCCAGACAGCACAUGUUGGCGUUGGUAUAAGCGGCAAUGAAGGCCUUCAGGCGGCUAACUCUUCUGAUUAUUCCAUUGCUCAGUUCAAGUAUUUGAAGAAUUUAUUGAUGGUUCAUGGUGCCUGGAACUAUAACAGAGUCUCCAAGUGCAUUCUGUACUGCUUCUACAAGAAUAUAGUUCUCUAUAUUAUUGAGAUCUGGUUUGCCUUUGUUAAUGGCUUUUCGGGACAAAUCCUCUUUGAGAGAUGGUGUAUAGGUCUUUAUAACGUGAUGUUUACAGCCAUGCCUCCCUUAACGCUGGGAAUAUUUGAGAGAUCGUGCAGAAAAGAGAAUAUGUUGAAGUAUCCUGAAUUAUACAAAACGUCUCAGAAUGCUCUGGACUUCAACACCAAGGUUUUCUGGGUUCAUUGUUUAAAUGGCCUCUUCCACUCAGUUAUUCUGUUUUGGUUUCCACUAAAAGCGCUUCAGUAUGGUACUGUAUUUGGAAAUGGGAAGACCUCUGAUUAUCUGCUUUUGGGAAACUUUGUUUAUACGUUUGUGGUAAUAACUGUGUGUCUGAAAGCUGGACUGGAGACAUCAUAUUGGACAUGGUUCAGCCACAUAGCGAUCUGGGGCAGCAUCAUACUCUGGGUGGUGUUCUUUGGAAUCUACUCAUCUCUGUGGCCUGCUGUUCCAAUGGCUCCUGACAUGUCAGGAGAGGCAGCCAUGUUGUUUAGCUCCGGAGUCUUUUGGACGGGCCUGUUAUUUAUCCCUGUGGCGUCCUUACUCCUUGAUGUGGCUCACAAGGUUAUUAAGAGGACAGCUUUUAAAACACUAGUAGAUGAAGUUCAGGAGCUGGAGGCAAAAUCUGAAGACCCAGGAGCAGUUGUGCUUGGUAAAAGCCUGACAGAGAGAGCUCAGCUACUCAAGAACGUCUUCAAGAAGAACCAUGUGAACUUGUACCGAUCUGAGUCACUGCAACAGAACCUGCUCCAUGGCUAUGCCUUCUCUCAAGAUGAAAAUGGCAUUGUUUCACAGUCAGAAGUGAUCAGAGCCUAUGAUACCACAAAGCAGAGACCCAGUGAGUGGUGAUGGGGAGAAGCUGCCAGGCAGGCUCUGCUAAGUCUCUAAGGAUCACUCCCAGGUAUUCCGGGAAUCUGCCAACCAUUUCCAGCCUGGUGCAAGGAGGAAAAGUGGAUCCGAGCUCAUCGAGUUGACUGAUAUUCAGAUUCGUGUGUAUUAUAGACAUAAGCACUGUGCAGCGAUACUGUAAUACCAUCUCUCUCCAGUUUUUCAGAGUAUCUGCUAAGUCUUUAUAAACAGAAACUGAAAAUACUUCCGUAAAUUGAGACUAGGUCAGUAUUCUUAUGCCAUCACUCUGAAAAUGUAAUGAUCGAUGUAUUGGGUAGACCACAGAAGAUGAUUCAAAAACUCUAAAAUGGUAACAGGGGAAGGGACUCUUGAUAUCCAGAAUUAGAUUUCAGGAUAUGCUGAAAAGAAACCAGCAUUCUUAAGAAACUGACUCACCUUACUGAGCAAAAUUUCUAAGCAAGACAUUACUAUUGUUUGUGUCAAAAAUUGUCUUGAUAAAUGUUUGCCAAAGAAGUUCAAUAUAUGUAUUUCUCUUCAGUAGUCAUUUGCCCAGAAAUUUAAAAGAAAGUUUACUUCCAGUUCUGCUGUAAGAUCUGCAUGCUCGACUUUUCAAAUGUAAGAGUGGUUUGCAAAAAUGAGUAUUUCACGGCAUUUGCUACUAAAAUCUGUGAUGUUGCACCUUUGGCCUUACAACGCUUCUUUCUUGUUUGUCUUGUUUGUUAAAGUGAGAGAGCACAUAUGGUGAUGUGAAUUUGUUAUUAUGAUACUGAUUUUUAAAACUGUAUUUGUGUCUCAGUCAUUUCUGAUGAGGUUUCAUGCCAUUUAGACUUUUCUAAAAAUUUGGAUUCUACUGUAGAUUGAGUGAUAUCAUUGUAUCUUAGAGAUUCCUAUCAAGAAAAAUAUGUUUAAGUAUUUUUGUGGGAUUUCCAAUGCUUCUGUGGAGAUGUUGGGACUACCGUGGCAGAUAAGUGCAUGGGCUUUUGUAAUGUAUGUGGGCUCCGCUUCUGUACAAUGUCUUGGUUCUUCCCAGUUGUCUCCCCACAGAUGCCUGCUGCAUUAUCUAAUACACCCCAUGUUAAGGUGACUGCCCCCACACCUAAGACUGAUAAUUACUUCACAGUUCACUUGUCAAGCAGCUCCUGAAUUUAGUCACACGCUGCUAAUUGGGACAAAUAAGUAGUAUAUUUUCCCCAUUUUAAAAACACAUAUUUACUCAAGCCUAUAACUCUACAAGGAACACUUUUCAUCACAAGUAGGUUUCACUGAUGUUUUAAUAUGUAUGUUCAGUUUAUUUUCUGCAUUUCCAAGACAUCUGAAGAUGCCUAUUUUGCUACUGACAAAAAAAUGGUGAAGGGGCUGUUGAAAAACCACAGCUAGUUUUCUAUACUAUUUUUAAAAUAAUGCUUUCAUUUAAAAAAGGAAUUCUAGUUUCAGAUGCACUUCAGAGACUGAAGCAAACUUUUUGCCUUUUAUUCAAAAGCCUGUUUGCCUUUAAGUGGACUUACCAGCAAAAUUGGUAAAACUUCCUCUUUUAAAAAAUAGUAAGUCAACUAAAAUUGAGGAGAUGAUUUUUCAGGCCAUUCAUUGAGUUUAAUAAUUUCACGUUCUUUUCAUCCCUUUUCUCAGUCUAUCAACAGAUUUAAAAUUAGGCAAGUAUCAUUUAUGGGUAUGUUUACAAGCAUGCCUCCCCAAUUUUCUACAAAUAAGAGAGGUUCCAACACAUUUAAAUAAUGCUAACUAAAGAGGCAAGGAGUUGGGUGUUUUACUUCUCUGACCUUCCCACUUGGGGUUUAGAUUAAGAGAAUCAUGAAUCAAAACAUCUAGAAAAACCACAGGUGUAAGAGUCAAAGUUAUCUUCAAACUUUGAAAUACCAAAUGGAUAUUCAGAGCAUGUUUUCCUGCAUCUCCAUGAUGAUAGUUGGGGUCAAUCUCUCCAAAAAUAACAAAAAAAGAAUGAGGUACAUCCCUCCCUCCAGAGAAACCCUUUGUAGGUGCUUGUAUUUCCCCCUUGCUUCAUCAAUGGCAUCCUUUUCCAAAAUUUUAAUAUCAAAUUGUUAUGACUGUCAUAGGUAUGAGUAUUCUGACUUAUGAAAAAUAAAAGUCUAUUUCUUGAAACCUGGAUUGUUUCUGUGGAACUCUUAAAUGUGAGUAGAAACUCCUAGAGUAAUUUAAUGUAUUUGACCAAAAUAGGACUGAUUUUUUGCCUUUUUGUCCCAUGGUCUUAUUUUUGAAUUAUCAGCAGUAAGCCAAUCUCUGUACUUCUUGGGUGGGAGUUAGGGGUAGCAACAGAGAAUGGCUUCCUUGGUAACACUGAAAAUUAACAUUGCAAUUGCAGUGACUUUAUAGUGUUAAAUUAGAGAAAGCUUGUGAUUUUUCCUAAACCCUCCUCAAGGGGGGGGG